AUGGCCUUUCUUAUUCCUGCUCUUGUAGCACUACUACUGGUUAUCAUAGCAACACUUUGGAAGAAGAUUUCCAACCUUCAAAAAUUCAGAAAAUGUGAUGAUACGAUCCCCGGUCCACCAGCUCACCCGAUUUUCGGUAACGUCUCCGCUUUCAGUGGAAAGAAUACAGCGGAAAUUUACGAAAUUUUCCGCAAAACUGCCGAUGAGUUUAGGAGCAAAGGAAAGAAUGUUAUAAGAUAUCGUUUUCUUGACAAAUUGUACGUUUGGCCAUUGACUGGAAAAGCUCUCGCGAAAGUCCUAGAAUCCACAACAGAACUAAACAAAGGAGACGACUACAAAUUCUACUAUUCAUGGUUCGGAGGAGGAGUUCUCGUAGAAGGAUUUGGUGAAAGAUGGAGGACACAUCGAAAACUUCUCACUCCAACUUUUCACUUUGCCAAACUUGAAGGAUAUCUGGAAGUGUUCAACGAAGAAUCUAAAAUUAUGAUUGAGUGUCUUGAUAAAUAUGCCGAGUCUGGUAAAACCGUUGAUAUGUUUGAGUACAUCAAGCGAUGUGCCCUAGAUGUCAUUUGCGGAGCUGCUAUGGGCACCAAAGUCAAUGCACAAUACUAUCAUGAGCAUCCCUACGUGAAGGCUGUGGAAGGAUUUAAUACUCUAGCUAUACAACAUGCUUUGAAUCCUCUGUACGAGUUCGAUUUUAUCUACUGGGCACUGGGAUUGAAAAAGCAAAAAGACGAGUAUUUGCACACUAUGAAGAAAUUCACCGGAGAUGUUAUUGCGGAAAGACAAGCUGCCAUUGCGUCCGGAGAAGUUGAGAAAGAAACAUCAAAACGGAAAAUGAAUUUCUUGGAUAUUCUAUUGAGCAGCGGAGAAGCAAAUAUCUUAUCAGAUGAAGAUAUUCGACAGGAAGUUGAUACUUUCAUGUUUGCUGGACACGACACAACAACUACUGCUCUUUCAUGGAUGUGUUGGAACAUGGCGCACCAUCCGGAUAUUCAACAGAAGGUUUAUGAAGAAUUGGUUUCUAUUUUCGGAGAGGACCCUCAUACGGAAGUAACCACGGAAGGUCUCAGCAAGUUGGAUUACACUGAAAGAGUGUUGAAAGAAUCGAAACGACAAACGAUCCCAGUUCCUGCGCUUCAGAGAAAAUUGAUCAAUGAUAUGGAGAUCGACGGUUACACAAUUCCAUCGGGUGCCAACGUAGCAAUUGCUCCAAUGGUUCUUCAUAAAAACGCCGAGGCCUUCCCCGACCCAGACAAGUUUGACCCUGACCGUUUUCUACCAGACGAAAUCGCAAAGCGUUACGCAUACGACUACAUUCCUUUCUCUGCCGGCCUUCGUAACUGCAUUGGACAGAAAUUCGCGCAAAUGAAUGAAAAAGUGAUGUUGAUCUAUAUUUUGAAAAAUUUCCGGCUGGAGCCAAUGGCUGGUUUCAAUUCUACGAAACCAGUUUUUGAGGCAGUAGCAAGACCAUCACAUGGGAUUCCCGUGAAAUUGAUCAGAAGAAAUUAA